AUGGCGCCGCAAAUCACCCACCCGACGACACCGGGCUUUGUCCCGGAGCCAGACAGAAACCCCUCCGACGUGGAAAAGGACCAAAUCAACACCAACCAUGAGGCUGACGACAAGAAACCAGACACCGAGCCCAGCUACAAGCAGGAAGGUGUCCAGCGAGUCGAGGCAAUCACCAGCGUGUGGACAAAACAAAUCCUCAUCAUCAUGUUUGUCCUUCUCUACCUCGUCUCCUUCAUCGACCAGCUCCAGGGCUCCGUGACAGGCAACCUCCAAAACUUCAUCACGUCGUCCUUUGGCCAGCACGGCCUCCUCGCCGCCACCGACAUCGUCGCCUCCAUCAUCGGCGGCGUGUGCACCCUCACCAUUGCCAAAAUCAUCGACAUCUGGGGCCGCUGCGAGGGCUUCGUCGCCAUGAUUGUCCUCAUGGUCGUCGGCCUCAUCACAAAGGGCGUCAGCCAAGACGUUCCCACCUACGCCGCCGGCCACACCCUCUACUGGGUCGGCCACAUUGGCCUCGGCUACAUCAUCACCAUCAUCCUCGCCGACAUGACGACCCUGCGCAACCGGCUCAUCCUGUUUGGCAUCCAGCAGACGCCCAUCAUCGCCACCACCUUUGCGGGGCCCAGAAUCGCCGACCUGUUCUACGCCAGUGCCAAUUGCCGCUGGGCCUUUUACUCGUUUUGCAUCAUCCUGGUCUUCUUCGCCAUCCCCGUUGCCAUCGUCUUCGUCUUGAGCAAGAGAAAGGCCGUGCGCAUGGGCGUCUAUCCCGAGCGGCCCAGGAACCGGACGGCCUGGGAGUCGUGUAGGCACUAUUUUAUCGAGUUUGACGUUAUUGGCAUGUUUUUAACCGUCGCCGGAUGGUCUCUUCUCCUGCUGCCCUUCCAGCUGGUCAACACGGCCGCAGACGGGUGGAAGACGGGCUACGUCAUUGCCAUGAUUGUCGUGGGCGUCGUUUUGCUCGCCCUGUUCGCCAUCUGGGAGAAGUACUUUGCGCCCGUCCAGUACUUCCCAUGGGCGUAUCUCAAGGACCGCACCAUUCUCGGAGCCUGUCUACUCUACGGCUUCAUGUUCCUCUCCAUCUUCUGCUGGGACACGUACUACCAGUCAUACCUCGAGGUCGUGCACUUCCAGAGCAUCACCGACUCAGGCUACAUCCUGAACUCGUUCUCUCUCGCAUCGUCCGUCAUUUCCCCCCUGAUCGGAGUCUACAUCCGCUACUUUGGCAACGUCAAAUGGCCCUCGCUCGCCAUGAUCCCCUUUGCCAUCCUAGGCACGGCGCUGCUCGUGCGUUUCCGAACCCCCAGCACCUCGGUCGGCGUGCUAGUCAUGUGCCAGCUCUUCAACGGCUUCGCGACAGGCGUCUGGGCCAUGACCGGCCAGCUCGCCAUCAUGGCCUCCAUCGACCACCAGCACAUUGCCGUCGCCAUUGCGCUGUUUGGGCUGUUCGGCUCCAUCGGUCAGGCUAUCGGCUUCGCAAUCGCCGGCGGCCUGUGGACAAACACCAUGGAGGACAAGAUGUACCAGUACCUGCCGGACGACUACAAGAACCAGACGGCCACUAUUUACGGCGACAUCGAGGCCCAGUUGGCGCUUCCGGCGGGCAGUCCUGCGCGAGAUGGGAUUAUUCAUGCGUAUAGCGACGUGCAGCGCGUCAUGGCCAUCUGCGGCUCGUGCUUCAUGGCUCUGGCUAUUUUAUGCAUCUUCAUGUGGCGAAGCAUCAAUGUGCGAACAUUGGAAGAGACUAGGGGAAAGCAAACCAAGGGUAUGGUUUUCUAA